CGAGCAAGCGGAGACGGAAGGCCGGAGGAGCCCUGGCCGCGGGGACGAGCGCGCAGGCGCCUUCUUGGAAUCCGCGGCAGGCGCGAGUCUGAACUUGCAGCGGGCGGUGGGGCUACUUCUUCACAGAUAUUAAAAAAAAAAAAAAAAUCAACAUUUAACUGUUUGGAAACGAAGCAUCAUUUAAAAUCUUCCCAAACUCCUAAUUCCAAACACUUGGCAGCGUUCCCUGAUCAAGAAAAGAAGUGACUGACUGCGCGUUAAAAGUGGCCUGGCAGUGGUCCUGGUUUUUCCUGCCUCUAUUUGGAGAAACAUGGAGAAAUGGUACUUGAUGACAACUGUGGUCUUAAUAGGACUAACAGUACGGUGGACAGUUUCUCUUAACUCUUAUUCAGGUGCUGGAAAACCCCCUAUGUUUGGUGAUUAUGAAGCUCAGAGGCACUGGCAAGAAAUUACUUUUAAUUUACCAAUCAAACAAUGGUAUUUUAACAGCAGUGAUAACAAUUUACUAUAUUGGGGAUUGGAUUAUCCACCUCUUACCGCUUAUCACAGUCUUUUAUGUGCAUAUGUAGCAAAGAUUAUAAAUCCAGCCUGGGUUGCUCUCCAUACCUCCCGUGGAUAUGAAAGUCAGGCGCACAAGCUCUUCAUGCGUGCAACAGUGUUAAUUGCUGAUUUGCUGAUUUAUAUACCUGCAGUGGUUCUGUACUGUUGUUGUUUAAAAGAAACGUCAACUAAGAAAAAGGUUGCUAAUGCAUUAUGCAUAUUGCUGUAUCCAGGCCUUAUUCUCAUUGACUAUGGACAUUUUCAAUAUAAUUCUGUGAGCCUUGGCUUGGCUUUGUGGGGUGUUGUUGGAGUCUCUUGUCACUGGGACCUGCUAGGAUCACUGGCAUUUUGCUUAGCGCUGAAUUAUAAACAGAUGGAACUUUACCACUCCUUGCCAUUUUUUUGCUUUUUACUUGGCAAGUGUUUUAAAAAAGGUCUCAAAAGAAAAGGGUUUGUAUUGUUAAUUAAGCUGGCUUGCACUGUUGUGGCUUCCUUCAUUCUCUGCUGGUUGCCGUUCUUUACAGAAAAGGAACAAGCCCUCCAGGUUCUAAGAAGGCUCUUCCCAGUUGAUCGUGGAUUAUUUGAGGAUAAAGUAGCCAAUAUCUGGUGCAGCUUAAGUGUCUUUCUGAAGAUCAAGGAUACUUUGCCACAUCACAUCCAGAUAAUAAUCAGCUUUUGUUUUACAUUUUUGAGCCUGCUUCCUGCAUGUAUAAAAUUAACACUCCAGCCCUCUCCCAAAGGAUUCAGAUUUACUCUGGUUACCUGUGCACUAUCAUUCUUUUUAUUUUCUUUCCACGUACAUGAAAAGUCCAUUCUCUUGGUAUCAUUACCUGUCUGCUUAGUUUUAAGUGAAAUUCCUUUUAUGUCUACUUGGUUUUUACUUGUGUCAACAUUUAGUAUGCUGCCUCUUCUUUUGAAGGAUGACCUCCUAAUGCCCACAAUUGUGACAAUGAUGGCAUUUUUUAUAGCUUGUGCAACUUCCUUUUCAAUAUUUGAAAAGACUUCAGAAGAAGAACUACAGUUGAAAUCUUUUUCCAUUUCUGUUAGGAAAUACCUUCCAUGUUUUACAUUUCUUCCCAGAAUUAUACAACAUUUGUUUCUUAUGUCAGUAAUCACAAUGGUCCUUCUGACGCUGAUGACUGUAACACUGGAUCCUCCUCAGAAAUACCCAGACUUAUUUUCUGUAUUGGUUUGUUUUGUAUCCUGCUUGAAAUUUCUGUUCUUCCUGGUAUAUUUUAACAUUAUAAUCAUGUGGGAUUCCAAAAGUGGAAGAAAUCAGAAGAAAGUCAACUAGCUACAUCCCCCAAUGUGAAAAUGUUAACAGUGCCAAAUGUGAAAAUCAACUAGCUAUAUCCCCAAAUGUAAAUAUGUCAACAGCACUAAAA